AUGAUGUAAUUUUGGAAGAAGACCUCGAUAAAUAAAUGUUAAAUGUCUGAAUUUUGUUAUUUCGUAAGGAAAUUAUAGUUAUUCUACUAAACCAAAGUAAAAAUAAUAUUUAAUCGAAUUGCAGUAAUUCUAUAAUUUAUAUCAGUAUUAUACAUACGAUCAGAAUUUUCUUCUGUUCUACUAGUAUUGAGUGUUAGCUAUGGCAUUCGGAAGUACAGCCCUAAAUUUGUAAAAUCUGAAAUGCUAGCCUUGCUACACGAUAUUAGAGGAGAGGUUCAGUUCAUAUAAAAAAAAGGAAUCAAUAUUUUUAUAUAGAAAGACGAAUAGAGAAGAGAAGGGAAUGAGAGAGAGUUUGGAGUUGAGGGUUACUCUAUCCAGGUUUGGGUUACUCGAAUCAUGGAUAAAAGUUAUUAAAUAGUUUUAUGA